UCCCGGCGCGGCGGAGGCUGCCGGGGCCGGGAUCACGGCCGGGCCGGGGACGGGCCGAGCCGGGCGGGGCGAUGGGAGCCCAAGGGAGCCCGAGCGGGGACCGCGACGGCCGGUACCGCUCCGCCGCCGAGGCCACCGCCCGUUAGCGAGGCGCCAGGCCCGAGCCGGGCCCGCAGAGUUGACAUGGAGGAGCUGAUAGAGGAUGACAUCUGCAUUUUAAACCAUGAGAAAGCAGACAACAGUCAUAAGAGAGAUGGGGAGAUUCCUGUUUCAGCUUACAGUGGAGAUGAGUCUGUUGCCUCCCACUUUGCCCUUGUCACCGCAUAUGAAGACAUCAAGAAGCGGCUAAAGGAGACAGAGAAGGAGAACUCCGUUUUAAAGAAAAGAGUGAGAAUUUUAGAGGAGAAGCUGCUUGGCUCCCGACUGGAAGAAGAACGCAGUUCAGUUGGCCGUGAACAAGUAAAUAAGGCAUACCAAGCCUAUCGGGAGGCCUGCAUCGACCGAGAUAAUCUGAAAAGCAAACUGGAUAAAAUAACAAAAGAAACUGCAGAAUCCUUGAAAGCCUUGAAUGAACAGCUGCAGUCUAAAGAAGUAGAGCUUUUGCAACUAAAAACUGAAGUGGAAACUCAACAAGUUAUGAGAAAUCUGAAUUGUAAUCAGUCCAGCUGGGAAAUAGAGAAGCUGAACAGUGACCUGAAAGUGCAUAGUCUGGAACAGGAUCUAGAAGACCUCAAGCAAGAGUGCAGUAGUCUCAGAAAGGAAUUGCAAAAAUCUAAGCAGAAGGACCAGGCUCAAGAUAAAAACCCAUUAAAUGGAGACCACCUCCAAAGGCAAGGCAUUCAGAGUGUGCAACAAGCAUAUUGGGAUCUGAAGAGAGAAAUGUCUAAUUUGCAGCUAGUGACUGAAGUGCAAGCUGAGGUUCUACGAAAACUGAAAACGAACUCAACACCGACCAAGAAAGCUGCCUCUUCUGCACCAGUACAAUGUGUUGACUUGAAGAAUGUUUCGAAGUUGAACUUGACGUCUGGGGUAGUCUAUAAAAAACUCUCACAAAAUGAGCAAGUACUGUGCAAUGCUGUACCUCCCCCUCUGCUGAGAGAUGGGAAAAUCCCAUCUGAAAGAGUGACUCUGCAAGCAUGGACAGAUGAGAGACCCAUUCCAGUUGAUGGUAAAACGUUCCAGGAACACCAUUCUUAUGGAAAGAGUUCUCUGGAAGAUAAUUCCUGGGUAUUCCCAAGUCCUCCAAAACCUAACGAGAAUGUGUUUUGGGAAAUGAAAAAUAAAACAACUUUGUUAAACUGUCCAGCAGAUUACCUGGAUCAGUGUAAUCAGAACUGUCUGCACAAGAACUAAGCAAUUUUCAGAAUGAACUGAGGCGUUUUAGAAUGAUUCUGAAUAGGCACCUUACUGCUUGAACUCUUAAAGAGGUAAACAAAUGGGUUGAAAUGUGUUUGGUUUUGGUUUUGUUUUUAAUUCUAUUUCCAAAACAGAAAGCCUAGUCUUCCUCUGCUGUACAUCAGGAGAAGUUAAAGCUGCGAUGGCGUACUGUGAAUGAAUCUAGCACGGGGCCUAGAUAAUCUUGUCUUGCAAAUGGCAUACAUUUCCAAAAGAUUACAGUGAGAAGUUAGUUCUUGGAAUAAAACAAAAUAAUCCA